CCUAAUCGUAACACUCUCAAUCACAACACUUCCGUUCACCACUUUGAUAAGGCUUUUAUUUCAAAUAACCCCAACCAAAUUCAAGAUGAAGUUCCUAUUCGUGGUUGCCCUCAUUGUCCUGGCCAUCCAACUGGCUUCCUCUGCUAGUACAACUACUACAACAACCACCGAUGCCACCACCACAACAACCACCACCACCGAUGCCACCACCACGACGACAACCGCCUCUUCCACCCACAAGAAGCGUUGUUGGAAGGGCAACAACUGGUGCCACACCCGCAUCCCCAAGAGGAAGUGCAAGCACCCAAGGAGGUGCCACAAGACCAUCGUCAUUGUGACCCACAAGAAAAACUAAAGGUUUUAGCAAUUUUCCUCUUUUAACAAAUAUAAAAGUGAUAUUUUAAGAAAUCCAUAAUAAAUCUACUAUACAUGGAA